UUGUCAUAUUUCAAUGCCGCUUGUCAUUUGUCAUUACAAUACAAAAAUUUGUUAGAAAACUUUUUAAUUUAACGUUUCAUUAAUUCCAGCUAAAUAUAUAACAAUGGCUUUCAUGGGUGAUAUGAUAAGCCCUUCGCCGUUAUGGCAAAAUGGACCAUCUCCAGGUGCUUUCUAUAAUUUCCCUGGAAAUUCAAAUCACGGACCUUCGAGCCACACUAACCAGGAUUUCAGAGCCCACUCAGCAGCUCCUAUAACCACAACCACUACUGUAAUUGGCAUAAAAUUUGAUAAAGGAUGUGUAAUUGCGGCCGAUACCCUCGGAUCUUAUGGCUCUCUCGCCAGAUUUAGAGAUUGUCCCCGUGUAUUAAAGGUCAAUGAUCUUAUUCUUCUUGGUUCUGGUGGAGAUUACGCUGAUUAUCAAUAUCUGAGAGAUAUCAUUGAGCAGAAAAUUAUUGAUGAGCAUUGUGUUGGAGAUGGUCUGCAGCUGAAGCCCAAAUCCCUUCACUGCUGGCUCACAAGAGUUCUCUACAACAAGCGCAGCAAGAUGGAUCCUUUGUGGAGCAACUAUGUUGUCGCUGGUAUUCAGGAUGGUGAGCCAUUCCUCGGAGCAGUGGACAAGUUGGGAACAGCAUAUGAAGAUGCUGCGAUUGCGACCGGCAUGGGCGCGUACAUGGCAACACCUUUGCUGCGUGAUGUACUUGACAAGGGACCGUUGAAUGAGGAAUCAGCUAAAGCAUUAGCCCGUAAAUGUAUGGAAGUGUUGUACUACCGCGACGCGCGCUCGUUCCCGCGCUACCAGCUGGGCGUGGUGACGUCAGCCGGCGUGCGCGUCGAGGAGCCCACGGAGAUCGGACAGAACUGGUCGCUCGCUCACAUGAUACACAUGAAGUGAACAUUGUAAACUUACCAAUAAAUGAUUUCUUUUCAUAUUUAAAUU